ACAUGUUUUGCCUAAUAUUAAAAAGAAAAACCCAACUAUGUAAAACUCAGCAGCACCGGUCAAUUCAAUGCGUCGACCACGGUCCGCUUAAAACCUGCUCUAAAAGUCGCUGACGCAAAAACACCAGGCCGCAGUCUGGAUGCUGUGAUCCACUUCCUGUAUCCCUGAUCUUAAUCGACUAAUCCAAUCCAAUCAUGGCAACAUCAGCACCAGCAGUUUCUCAGCUCUCGUGCAAAUCUUCAUUCAGCCGCAAAUUGCACCUCCAUCGUCGACCCAUUCUCUGCCCAUUUCCAUCUCCUACUCGCUCCAAGCUAUCGCUCCUUAUGAGUCUUGAAGGAGCAAGAGGUACAGAUACUUCUAAUACUAGGCUUAGUUAUACGGCUGAUGAAUCGAAACCAUACGUGGAAGAGCCAGCAAAGCUCUAUCCUACUGCAGAGAAACAUAACCAGGAAGAAGAGGAAAUUAGUAAUCAAGUUAAGGCGUAUGGCAAAGCGAAAAUCCAUGAUUUCUGUUUUGGGAUUCCUUAUGGUGGUCUUGUUGUUAGUGGGGGUCUCCUUGGUUUCAUAUUUUCUAGAAAUCCUACAACCCUGAGCACUGGUGUUCUAUUUGGAGGUGGCUUGCUAGCCCUUAGUGUCUUUAGCUUAAAGAUCUGGAGGCAAGGAAAGUCCAGUGUGCCAUUUGUACUAGGACAAGCUGUACUCUCAGCAGCCCUUUCUUGGAAGAACUUUCAGGCAUAUUCAUUGACAAAGAAGUUAAUACCAACUGGAUUUUAUGCUGUCAUCAGUGCUGCAAUGCUGUGCUUCUAUUCAUAUGUGGUGAUCUCUGGAGGAAACCCACCACCUAAAAAGUUGCAGCCUUCAACUGUUAUAUCAUGAUAAGAAUUCAAAAAGAUGAAAUUGUUCCUAUUGGAGUUCCUUUGACCAAAAGCUAUAAAGCUGAAUCUCUUGCAUCUCCUAUUAUUUAUACUUGCAUUUUAGCGCAUAGAAGACGCCAGUUCAUGCUUCUCCAUAUUUCAAGGACAAUUCACUUCUGCAUGAAAAGACAAGAUAUUAAAGCCCAUUCUGUGAAUCUGCAUGCUUGAGCCUUUAUAUUGAGUUGCUCUUCUACAGGGUUUUCUUAGGAAUCUAAGAGAAGGUUGAUGCCAUUGUGGUCAAGAUUCUAUUCAUAAUGUUGCUUUAAAUUUUUUACUGUUGCCAAAUAAUAGAAAAUGAUUAUAUAAAA